AUGACAGUUUUUUUUUUCAUAGAUAUGGAUGUCGUAAUCAUCAACAGCUGAGCGUCAAUGAUCCUGAAAAAUAUUCUUCAAUAAAUAUUAUUAUGGGUGACGACAACUUAAAUUCUAGUAAACAAUGUGAUACCAUUAAGUGCAAUGUAAUAAUUAUAGGAGCAGGCAUGGCCGGGCUCUCUGCUGCAAACCAUUUACAAAAAAAUGGCAUCGAAGAUUUCAAAAUCUUAGAAGCUCGAAAACGAGUCGGCGGACGGAUUGUUUCAAUACCUAUUAAGAACCACAACGUUGAAUUGGGUGCUAACUGGAUCCAUGGAGUUUUAGAUAAUCCGAUAUUCGAAUUAGCUAUGGCCAAUGGUCUCGUGAAUAUUAUAAACAUACCGAAACCACAUAAGGUUAUAGCAGCGACUGAAGAUGGCAAGCAAGUGCCUUUCGGAGUGCUGCAGGAGAUCCACGAGGCGUACGUGACGUUCCUGCGGCGCUGCGAGGAGUACUUCCUGUGCCAGUACCUGCCGCCGCCGGACAUCCACAGCGUCGGCGAACACAUCAACCUUGAAGCAGCCAUCUACCUCGAACGCCUCCCUACAUCUGAAGAAAAAAAACUAAGACGCCUCAUAUUCGACUGCUUAUUAAAAAGAGAAACUUGUAUAUCUGGAUGCAAUACCAUGGACGAAAUAGACCUAUUAGAGAUGGGAAGCUACACAGAGCUGCAAGGAGGAAACAUUCUUAUACCCAAAGGCUACAGUUCUAUCUUAGAACCCAUGACGAAAACUAUUGCACCAGAUAAAAUGUUAACAGGUGAUCCUGUUAAGAAAAUAAUAUGGAAUUCAGAUCAACACAGCCCUAGUGAUGACAUUGGUGAUGAAUCUGAAGAUUCUGAUCAAACUGUGAUAGAAGACAUGUCUAAAUCCUCUGGUUCUGGCAAAACUGUUAAUGACGGCUCAUCUAAAUCUGUAGACACUCCCCAUAAACCAAAGAAAAAAUAUGUAGAAGUUCAGUGCGGGAGCGGUAAGAAAUUGUAUGCCAAUCAUGUCAUAUGCACAAUACCCUUAGGUGUCCUGAAGGAAGAAGCAGCUAAUAUAUUUGACCCUCCCUUACCAUCAUACAAAAUGGAAUCCCUUGAGAGGCUUUUGUUUGGUACUGUAGAUAAAAUUUUCUUAGAAUAUGAAAGACCAUUCCUCAACUCUGAUGUCACUGAAAUCAUGCUUCUCUGGGAAACGCCCAGUUCUCCUGAACCCAUGGAAGAUUCUUGGUAUAAAAAGAUAUAUUCUUUUGCCAAAGUGACAGAGACUCUUUUACUAGGCUGGGUUUCAGGUAAGGAGGCAGAGUAUAUGGAGACAUUAGCAAUGGAUGAAGUAGCCGCUACUUGCACAAAAAUACUGAGGAAAUUCCUUAAAGAUCCAUGUGUACCUGAGCCACUGACAUGUGUUUGUACAAGCUGGAAGAAGCAACCUUUUACAAAAGGUUCAUACACUGCUAUAGGUGUUGGAGCUAGUCAAAGUGAUAUAGAGAGCCUUGCACAACCAUUAUACAGAAAUGUUCAUGACAAAAAGCCCACACUGCUUUUUGCUGGUGAGCACACUCACAACCAGUUCUACUCAACUGCACACGGGGCGUAUCUGUCAGGACGGAUAGCAGCUCAACGCCUCACUGAUGCAGAUGAAACUAGAGAAAGCAAUAUAGAAUGUACUGGAUCUGCUGAUCUCCAUGCCUGGAUUCAAGGCAUACAGUUAGAAGGCUAACUUCUCUCUUUUGUAUCUAUAGUAAUCGGUAAGUCUCAUUGCUAUCAUCAGUAUAGGUAUGGUCAGCGUCAUUAGUAGCUAUACACUUUUGUACCUUGUCAAACUCAUAAACUGCGAAUGUUUGAAUGAAUAGGCGGUUUGUAAGUAUGACAAGGUA